AAUUGAGCACCUAAAUUAUCUUCUUCAGAGCUCAGUUGAGACUGAAAAGAGAGUAGAUAUUGUUUUGGUUCUUCUUCUGUCUCACAAAGGCAGAAAGACACCAUGGCUUCUCCUUCUCCUUCUCACCUCACAGCUAUCCCACAACGCCUCUCAAAACCCUCCCUUUCCCACUUAAACUCGAAGCCAGUCGGGCUCCGUGUGAGGUCGAGUUUGGAAAAUGAGAGCAGUGGCACUGAGGAUUCUGGUCACUCAUCAUCAAAACCUCUGAAGGGAUCUCAGCCAGCAAUGAAUCGGCGCUUGUGUCUCGCAUGUCUGUGCUCUUCAGUUCCAUUAAUAAACGAUUUGGGCACUUCAACUUCCAAAACCAAAGCUUUGGCAAUGGAUGGAAUGGACAGACCUGGAUGCCGAAAUUGUGGUGGCAGUGGUGCUGUACUUUGUGAUAUGUGUGGUGGUACAGGAAAAUGGAAAGCUCUCAACAGAAAAAGAGCCAAAGAUGUUUAUGAGUUCACAGAAUGUCCUAAUUGUUAUGGUAGGGGAAAGCUUGUUUGCCCUGUCUGUUUAGGGACUGGUGUACCAAACAACAAGGGGCUUCUCAGAAGGCCUGAUGCGCAAAAGUUGCUUAGUAAGAUGUACAAUGGUCAUCUACAGCCGAAUUCAUAACCCUUUUUUACUGCCAUGGAAACUCCCAUAGAGAGGUCAUACAAACAUAGCUUGUGUUGUAUACACCAUGUUAGAAGAAGGGUCAAAUAGUUGAAGACCUGUAUAGAUUGUUUAGAGCUCCCAACUAUGAACACAAUAAUUUUGAGGGAUGUAAACUUUUAUUGUUGCUACUUAUUUUUGGUGCUAUGUCAUGCCCAUCAAGAAAAAUGUGGCUUAUGUAAACUUUGAUGAGAGAAGCAGAUAGUGAAAAAGAUUUUCUGUUAUUUUCUAUAACCCUGUACCACUUUUUUGAAGAUAUAGCUGUAAAACUCUUCCCAGAACUUAUGGUCCUCUUGUUAUGAUCUGAUUUUUUUUU